AUGGAAAAUUUUGAGAGAAUUCCUAGCAAUAUGAAUACUACUACUAAUACUACUAUUACUACUGCUACUGCUACUCCUACUACUACUACUACUAAUACUACUACUACUACUACUACUACCACUACUAAUACUACUACCACUACUACUACUAAUAAUAAUAAUGAGCCAAAAUUUAAAACUCUUACACCUUUAGGCAUUUACCAGAAGAAAAGAGGUAAGUAG